ACAACAAUGGGCACCCAAUGUUCACGGUGCGUUAAAGCGGUUGGGUAUCUUUGUCGACGUUCGGCAAUCUAGAUCUAAUUUUGUCUUGUGCGCUUCUUGCCAGAGCAAUAGUAGGUGUAACGUGAAUGUCAGCGAAUGUGUUUGUGCUGUGAUUUAAGAGGCACAGCUGUCCACAGGGAUAUGACACACCGACUCGCACACCAAUGCAACUAGGGAUGGGGGAGCGCAAAACAGAUCGAGAGAAAUACAGACAGAGUGUCGAUUUGCUUUUCAGCGGAGGGACAGAAAUUCAUCUGAAUCAGUCAAGAGAAAUGGUCAAGUAGAAAAAAUGGCCAGUAAGUAGAGCACAGGAAACAAAACAAGGGGUUGAGCGAUAGUGAGAAAAUAUAAAAUGGGAGAGAUAGAGUGAGAGAGGAAUAUAUAGAGGGGGAAAAAAACAGAGAGGGAGAGCAAGCCAGUGCUUCUAACUGGAGUGAUUCUCAGACUGGCUGGCUGGCAGCGAGUUCUGCGCUUUAAUCCGCCUGAUCUGACAGGGUUUCAAACCCUUGCGAACGCUGCUGGAGAUCCUGAGGGCAACACUUGUUUCUGCAKCUUUUCCUGUUCUUUUUAAAUUUCCACCUAUCGACAAAGACAGAGUCAGGACGAGCCUUCCUCAGCCUCACUGUCGGCAAAUGGAUCUUAAACCGAUGACAGACACUACAAYACAUAAAAAGCAUCUAAAAGGACACUGAAUGCAAGUGGCUCCGAGACGACUGGCAGCUAUGAGAGUGAUUCUGGUGUGUGCCCUCUUCUGCCCUCUGUCUUUGUCACAUGCCUGUCCAAAAGAGUGCAGCUGCAACAGCAACACCAAAGUGGUAGACUGUCGAGGUCGAGGCCUAUACGACAUUCCUCGACGGCUGAAUUCAGACACCCAAGAACUAUAUCUCCAAGAUAAUCGCAUCAGGGGGUUGGGAUCGAUGGCUUUUAGGGAAAUACCCCUGGUUCGCAUCCUUGAUUUAUCUAAUAACUCGAUAACGUCUAUUUCACCAACUGCUCUCCUUGGUCUGAGGACUCUACAGCGCCUCAGCCUAGCCUACAACAGCCUGAGAGAGCUUGACAAGCGAGUACUGGGACCAAUACACUCRCUCUCUCACCUUGAUCUCUCACACAACAGUUUAUGGGGUUUGCCUGGAGCCCUGGGAGACAGUUUGCAGAACCUCAGUUAUCUGGGGCUCGCCAACAACAGACUAACAAGACUGGACCGCUCGCUGCUGGAUGCCCUGACCCAUCUGGACAGCCUCACACUCCGAGGCAACCCCUGGAGGUGUGACUGUCAACUCAUAAGCCUCAAACUCUGGCUGGAGACCUACCUCUUUAAAGGUGGAGUGGUAGACGAAGUGCUUUGCACCCAACCAGAAGAAAUGAAGGAUAAAGACUUGCAAAAAAUUCCCUAUCAGCUCUUCCAUGCCUGUAUGACUACAAGCUACCAUUACCUGUUUGCCAACAUACACCACCUGGAGUCUGAGAGGCUGCUGCGAGGCCACACCCAUGGCAACCAUGCCCAUCCUUCCAGCCACUCUUUCCACGUUCCCAUGGCGAUAGGGGAGGGUUUGGGUGGUGGGGGAGCAGGAGGAGGAGCAGGAGGAGGCGGGAUGGCAGAGUGUGAAACUAAGCAGAAGCAACGGCCUGUCAACUUGCGCCACGCUAUUGCCACAGUGAUCAUCACCGGUGUGGUGUGUGGGAUUGUGUGUCUGAUGAUGCUGGCUGCAGCAGUGUACGGAUGCGCCUAUGCUGCUAUCAUGGCCAAAUAUCAGCGGGAGUUGAAGAAGAACGAGGAGCUGGCCGCAGCACAGGGCGCAGAUCAUGCCACUGCAGACGAGAAGGAACCGCUGGAGAACGCUAUUGCCUAAGAGAUGAGAACAUCUUCUCUGGACUUUAAAACUGAGCCUCAUCCCUUUAACCUAACUGUCUCUGGAUGCCAUAUGUGGGCUUGUUGUGUGUUGGGG